AUGGAUGCUGCCAACGACCUAUAUUCGACUCAGUUUUUCCCCCGUCAUAACAUUCAAAGAGUCGUACCAGAUGUCAAUAAGCUAAGGCAUACCAAGCUCAAUGAUUACACAUUUCCAGAUCUCGUCUUCAUUGCGACCUUUGGGGCUCGCAACAAUAUUUCAAAGUACACACCAGCCUUGAUUCAGAAAGCUCGACGUAACCCAACGUUCUCAUUUUUUGAAAACUGGCUAAAAUACUGCAAGGCCUUGCAGGGCCGUGACAGGUAUUUGGCCGUAUAUGAAGGCGUGAUCUACUUCACAGCAGAAGCUUUCCCACAAGACGAGGCUCAAUCCUGGCAUCAACAACAUCAAAACUACUUAUCAAGAUUACAAGGUAUUACGCUAGCCACUCUUCAGUCAUUCUCUCAUCAAGUUGAAACCCCGGAAGUCACUCCAGACCCACCACAGCAUUUGCCGCCAGGAGAUUUUCCCAUACCAAGCGAGGAGAGGCCAGCCAAAAGACAGAGGGUCGAAGCAUCUGAAAGCGAGGAUAGGCCAGCCCAAAGUCAGGAAGUCGAAGCGCCUGGCGUUCAGCUGCGCCGUUUCGAACCUCCAAAUGACCAAUUUUACCCGGUGCAGCUGGCGGCUCGGGCAAAUGGCCAAUUUCACCCCAUGCACCUGGCGGCUCGGGCAAAUCUCACUAUGAUACUCAGCGAACUCCUCCAAAGGGGUAUGCAAGGAACCGAAGUUUGGAAGAGUGAACACGAGAAGCCUUCAACACAAACAAUCUGUCUGUUCUGGCCGAAUGUCGUGGGCGAUUUUGUUUUAGAUCUAAUUGUCUCCAAGGAAUGUGCGGCAGAUAUAGCAGAGGCGAGGCGAGACUCACAGGAUGCGUUGCGGAUGGUGAUGGGGGACUUUCUUUUCCAAGGCAUGAUAGAUAGCGACUGUUUUGAGAACGGGGUGCUGGCAGAUACGGUCAAGGUCCGUAGCUAUGAGGGCAGUGAUGCGAUUGCCAUGAUAUCGACCUUCACUUGGCAACCAAGUAUGCACAUCUUCAACCCCUGGCACAUUUGGUCGGGUUUUGGUAUUGCUUGGGUUUUGCUCCAGCUCGGGGUUAUAUUCCAGCUGCUUGCAAUCUCUAGCCACGGCCUCGUACUUGCGAAGGUGUCGGCCAGCGGGUACCAUCUUUAUUUUGUCUGGGAAUGGAUAAGCGUGGUUGCAGAGAGGAACCAGCCUCUGUCAGAAAGAAAGCCUGGUCUGAUGGAGAAGACGUAUCUUAUGGCACGUAUUGUACUGACAUUGGCGGCCUUCGUCUUCUUGCUUCCGUCGUCCACCGACUAUGGGCUUUUGGCUACUGCCUCAACUUUUGCCGCUUAUGAUGUAUUUCAGAGCGCGUCACUGGUCCCUAUUGAGUUUCAUCGAAGUCCCGAGGUAGAACUCAAACUGCAGCCGCAGAGGCAGUUGCCAACUUCACAAUGGCGCCUCAACGAAGACGAAGACACCCGCGAUUAUCCAUUUUGUAUGCCUAGUCAAGAAACGCUGGAUCCUGUGUAA